GGUCAAUUCAAGCCUCAAACAACAACUUUUUUGACAUUGUUCAGCGUCACCAUGGGCUGGCUGUGGAAAUCCCCCUCCAAGGAGGGCGAGUCUCAAACCCCGCCUCCUGCUUCAUCUGGUCUUCCUGAUUCCCAGCUACCAUCUGCAGACGCGCAUGCAUCUACGCCGUCCUCAUCAGCACAAGCCGAUCAACCCCCGACACUAACUCGCGAAGAGCAAGCCGACGCCGAAUGGAAGAAGUUAAUCGCUAGUCUUGAGGGCGAUAUCAGCCAGAGUCCACACAAUCAAAAGCAACCUACUCUCGAAACACCGUCUCUUGAUACAACAUUAUCCUCUAAUUCUUCUUCUCCUCCGAACUUGAUCGCCCCCGAUUCUCUCUAUCCCGAUACCAUGUCUUGCCGCUCGGCAUUCGACUACGCCUUCUUCUGCCAGUCCUUCGGUGGUCAAUUUGUCAACGUUUACCGAUACGGCGAGCUGCGGUCUUGCAGCGAGCAUUGGAGUAAUUUCUGGCUGUGCAUGAAGACCCGCACCUGGGGUGACGAACGGCGCAAGGAGGCGAUUCGGGAUCAUUACCGGAAGAAGGCUAUUAAGUACAAGACCGGCCCCAGCAGUGAGGAUGUCUGGGAUGUGCGCACGGAGUCUAUUGGCGAGUGCUUCAAUGGCGACUUCGCCGCGCUCGAGAGGGAGGUGAAGGCUGCCGAGGAGGCAGCGGCAGCAGCCCCAGCAGAGGCGUCGUCAGCAUCGUCAUGAAAGAAAGGUGCUGAUCAGUGAAAGCCUCCUCUCCUCUGUCCCAUACUUCUUUGCCUGUGUAAAUUUCCUGUCCAUUUCCAUGAAACGUGCAUGUUAGACUCGGUUGAUCUUCAUGUUAGUUUCGAAUACGAUACCUGUCCCUGGGGGAUUUUGUACGAUAGCCAUAUCCAGAUCAAUCAAAAAGGAUGAUAAUGACUUGUCUGGACAAUUCGGG